GGCUUGGAUCCUUUGCAUGAUCUGCUUGCUCGCUUCCACUGGAAAUAUUCUCCGACCACCACCACCGGCACAAGGCAACAAGAAUAUACUGCUCCCCCACACACAAAUGUCGCGGUCGGCUCUCCUGUUGCUCUGUCUCCUCUUCAUCAAAGCUGCACCCUUUGGCGAUUCCCGGUCAUAUUGAAACCUAUGAGCACUCUACCAUCGGUUCUGUGAUCUGAUCGAUACAACCUUGGUGGUCAAUUAGACCAACCUUUUCUUUCCCUAGUUUGUCUCUCCCUUUGCUUCUUUUUCUUUUCUGCGCUAGCUGUGUCUUUCAUGCGCUUGUCACAUACUUGUAGUAGUCUGCUUUUCUUUUGAGCUGAGAUACCACUAGCCAUUGCCGUAUAAAACGUGUCGCGCCUAGGCCUAUCGCCACCACCCUGUCGUUGGUCAUACGCACACACUAUAUUGGGUUAGGUAUCCGACGAUGAAGAGGAAGGGGAGUGAGUGCACAAGAAUCAGCCCAACUGAGACCAGCAGCGACAUGCCUAUGAUCUCCCUGGCGUCCAGAUCCGGCCGGAGGGUGCCGUCCGAGAGGGAACGGCCUCGGCAAGUGCGAGGUGCCUGCGGCUCUCGCCUGCUGAGGAGCGCGCGGUGGACGGCCGCGAGGUUCUACCGGCGCGCCAGGAGCGUCGUCAUCAGGGCGUUUCGGUCGGCACCAUCAGCCAAGAAAACAACUGCUUAUUCCCCGGAUUGCACGCCGGCGAGGAAUAGUAGUAGGCGGCAGCAGUCCGCACCGGUGGUCGUCGACGACUCACAUAAGAGCGAAGCCGUGGAGGAAUGCAUCAGGUUCAUGAACUCCUCGUCGAGGAAGUACCGGUAGAUUUUUGUGGUUUUAUGUGCGCGGAUGCUAGCGUCUUUCUUGUAUUUUGUUCUUUUUUUGGCCUUUCAUCUAUGUGCGCAUCUGAUCAAACCUUGUACUUGAAAAACAUACCUGUUACUUCUUUGA